AUGGACAUAUUCAAGUUUAUGAUUUAUGUCUCAAUUUAUCUCAUGUUGUCUCUACCUGUAGCAGGGGCUCUGGAUGAUAUACAGGGAAGGCCAGCAGCAACAGCAACAACAACAGCAACAACAGCAGCAGCAGAAGCCAAUCUGUGGGAGGGAAUGCGGGGACCCUGGAAGGGCUGCAAACGGCAGCAGCAACGUUUGCCCCCUCAACAGUAUAAGGAGAACAGGAAGCAUGGGCAGCAAAGGAGAGUACCCCUUGCAUACGUUUUUGCUUCCGUGCUUCUGCUGGCUGUUUCACCCGGUUGUGGCUACCGUCAGCGCACGGGGUACGGGUUGGCUGUGCACCUGAAGGUGUAUCCUGUCAUCUACGGCGUGCCCAUUCUCCUUUUCAUGCAACAGGGAGCCCUGAGCUCCCCUUGCCGCGUUGUUGUUGCCGUUCCGAGUGUGCUGCUUCUUACUGCGGAGGAUGGGGCGAAGGCAGUGGGCCUUCGCUUUAUUGGCGCCGAAACUAAAGGUUGCAUGGACGUGCCGCUGACAAGCAGGACCUCAGGCCUGUCCCGUGCCAACAGGUACGGAUUCCCGUUUGUCUUCGAGUCUUACCUAUAUCACGCUACCCGCAGUGAUCACCGACACAACAUGUCUCCCUACUUUUAUCUACUGUACUUGGACUCUGUGGCGCCCGUUAAGAAAGCUUUCUCCAUUUUGCUCGCUGCUCCAUCACAGUCCCGCUUGAAUGUGCGUUUCUCUGUGUUCCCACAAGUUCCUGGGUCCUCAAUCGGCCACUCUUUGCGGACUGUGGCCUUUGUGGCGCUCAACAAAGUUUGCACCACGCAGUACUUUCUGUGGUGGCUUUGCCUGAUGCCGUUUGCCGUGGGGGCCACUGACAUGAAAAAGAACACCCUGUUGCAGACGGGGUUGGUGAUGGCGGUGUUUCAAGUGGCCUGUUUGGUCUGGUUGUUUUUUGGCUAUCAGCUGGAGUUCGAGGGGAAGCCUGUUUUCCUGGAGGUAUGGGAGCCGUUUGAUUUGUAA